AUGGAUAAAGCCAUUGAUGCGAUGAAGAAAGGCUUUGCCGUGUUGAAGUUGGAACGUUGUCAUUGGAGACCAUCGCACGGUAUUUUGAUGGCCAUUGCAGAGCACUUCGAGAAGCAUGGAAAUUUUGAAGAUGGAAAUCACUACAUCGAGGUUGUUCACCGUUUGGGUGUUGCAACUUUACCUCUGUAUAAACUAUUCCUUAGAAUGCAUCUCAAUGCUCAGAGACCAGCUUUGGGCAUCCUUAAAAUGAUGGAGAAGGAUAAAGUUAAGCUGGAUGAUGAAACUUCUGCCCUUGUUCAAGCCUUCAACUCAUGA